UUUGAUAGGUCAUGGUAGAGUUUUUACUGCACGUUAACAGGUUAAUGCUUCGGUAGGCGAACUCGUCUGCGGGGCCAGAAAGCAUGUGUUUAUUAUUGUAACAACCCGCAUUUAUACAAUGUUUCACACGAGCGUGUGUUACGGGCGUUGGACUAACUACAGCUAAUGUCGGUACACUGACCGGUGAAUAAAGUGAGAAUGGACCAGCCCAGUAAAACAGACGGGGGCAGUGAAGUGAUAGGAAUGGACUAUGAUUCCGUGAGUCAGAACAACGACAUCGACGACGAGAGCGGGGAGAGGUUCCGCUUCCUGCAGCUGAAAAUAGAGGACGACAACAUCAGUGUGUGCAGCAGACGAAGCGAGCACCCUCCUGACCUACAUAUCAGGGAGGAUGACGAACACCACACGCACACGGUGGUCCCCAAAACCAAACUACAGAAGGCCCAGUUCCUUGUGAAGUCUGUGAUUGAGCACGUGCUUUUCCGCGUCUUCACGGUGCUUCUGAUCUUGGUUGACGUCACGUUGGUCGUGGUUGACAUCAGCGUCACUGACCUCAGUAACGAGACGUCACACAACAUCAAUCUAGUGUCACGCAUCAUCGUCACGUAUUUCCUCAUCGAGAUAGGGUUUAGGAUUUUUUAUCGCGGAAAAGAGUUCUUUAAGAGUUGCUUAGAUGUGACAGACUUGGUUGUCGUCUUGGCAACGUUCAUUUUAGAUUUCGUUCUUGGUUUCCUGGCCGAGGUCAAUUACGGAAGGCUGGGGGUUAUCGGGCGAGCGUUGAGAGUUAUUAGAAUCGGGAGGAGUGUAGUCAUAAUGGUGCAGCAAUACCGUCACAUGACGCAGGCAGCAAGAAAAACCGUGUCACAGAACAAACGUAGAUACCAAAAAGACGGAUUUGACCUCGACUUAUGCUACAUAACAAAGAGAGUGAUCGCCAUGUCAUUUCCAUCGUCUGGGGUCAGCGGAAUGUACAGAAAUCCUAUUCAAGAAGUUGCGCGGUUUCUAGAUGCUAAACACGAAGGCAGCUACCUUAUAUUUGAUUUAUGCAGUGAACGAAAUUAUGAUGCUUCCAUUUUUCAUGGCAGAGUAGAGAGAGUUUUUAUCGAUGAUCAUAAUGUGCCUUCCAUAAGAGAUAUGAUUGAUUUCUGCAUCAAAGUCCGAAAAUGGUUGUCAGAAAAAGAAGAUAACGUGAUUGCUGUUCAUUGCAAAGGCGGGAAAGGGCGCACGGGAACGAUGAUUUGCACGUGGCUUGUAGACUGUGACAUGUUCACAGAGGCGGAGGAAAGCCUUGUAUAUUUUGGUGACAGAAGAACAGAUCUUGAUAAAGGGAAAACCUUCCAAGGUGUCGAAACACCGAGCCAGAGUCGUUACGUUGGUUACUAUGAAAAAAUCGUGAAGAAUUUGGAUGGCGAAGCGCCACCGGUCGUAAAGCUGAAACUGAAGUCUAUUCGGAUCACAGGAAUUCACACCGUGGGGAAUGGAGACGGCAGUGACCUGAAGUUAGAUAUAUAUCUUCAGAAGACGAACAUUUUCUCUUGUAAGCUCGGGAAAAAGGACAAGUGCGAGGUGGAGUUCUCCAAGGAGAAAGACGUGGUGGAAGUGUCACCGACCGAGGAGGUGGUGCUGUAUGACGAUGUGAAGGUCAAAUUUAACUCGAACAAAAUACCAAAGGGAUACGAUGGUUGUGCUUUUUACUUCUGGUUCCACACCUACUUUGUUGAAAACAACAGGUUGUUAAUACCCAGGGAUGAACUUGAUAAUCCACACAAGAAGAAAACGCACAAGAUAUUUACUGACGAUUUCUCCGUGGAAAUGGUUUUUGAACCUUGUUCCUGACAUCUUUUACCAGAGUUAUUUCUUUUAUUCUCAGACUUUUUACAUAAUUAUAUUUUUUACCCUGCCAUGCCAUUCCACAUUUAAAAUGAAUAAGUCUAUAUCAAAACUUUACAUAUAUCAAAAUAUCUCAAUUUACUUGUAAUUUUGAUAUAAAUGAUCCCUUUUUCGUUCCUGUGGUGUUUAUUGCUCAAUUUAUAUGACGUUUAUUUUUUACGUAUACAAAUUUUGAGGCUUUUAGCAUUAAGAGCCCUGAUAUAAUUGAGAGAAUAAACAUCGAUAUUUUACAAU